AUUAAUGACAAAUUAAUUGAUGAUUAACGAUAAAUUAAUGACUCAUCCAAUUAGUGGUUGCAUAUAAGGUUUACUCAAUGUGCGAAUUUUCCCAUUCAAAUCGUCGAAGUGCCUUUGUGAAGUUGAUCUCCAGGUGAAGUGUUUGUGUAAUCUUUGUUACUGAUUCAAGAUGACUUCCAAACGUGUGGCACCUCAACGUGUAUCUUCAAAACGUUCCAAAAUCUCAGAAGCGACUCCUGGUGAAAAUUUGUUCUUGUCGUCGGGAAUGUUUUCAUCACCUUUUGAGGAUUACGCACCCCUACUGAAGAUUUAUAAUCCUGAACACACAACGGCGAUUUGUUUUUCAAUUGAUACAUUUGAAGAUUUCUUAAAUCAAAUGGAGAAGAUAAGAAAAGAAAUGGGUUCCAUUUCCGAGGGUCAAAUAUUGUGUAUGUUAAGUAAUUAUGUUAUUGUAAUGUGUAAGCAUCAAACACUUCAAUUUUUAUCGCGCAAUUCAACUGUAUACAAAUCUCUAUUUUUGGCUUGUGAUACUGUGAACGUAGUUUUAAAUAUGGGUGAGCAUUUGAUGAGUCUCCUUCAUUCCAGAAGACUCCAAUAUAAAUUUUAUCCUUGUUAUCAAAAUUUUAUAAAUCAAGCGGCAUUAGAAGUGAUGGAAAAAGGUAGUGAGGAUUUUAAUCAAAAAUUGUUUGAUUUAAUUAAAUGUAAUUAUGAACAAAAUGGUACACUAUAUGAAAUUGUACUAAAACUACCUGUAAAUGUUAAACACGAUGUCGAUGCUAGAAUUAAGUAUUAUAAGGAACACAACGAUUAUAAUUGUUUGUAA